AUGUGCUCUCAGCGUGCCAUGUGCAUGCAGUGAUCAUAGGUCAGAUGAAGAUCUUUCAUCUCAAGAUAUUGCCAGGGACUUUAAUCAGAGCAGGUGGAUAUUUUCCUAAGCUUUCAACCUUCGUUCUGGGGUUCCACUGGGGCACAGCUGAUAUGGUAUCUCCACAGAGAUAUGCCAUCUGGCUAAGAGGCAAAGAGACACCAAGAUCAUAACCACAGACUACCCGCUUGUUCCCGAGACAACAAUAGCUGACCUGUUGCUAAUCCGGCUGCUUCCAAACCGAACUGGGAAUUUGGCUCAGAACCACAAACCCACAACUUCAUCAUGGCUCAAAGAGUUGCCAUGAUGUUGUGCCGAGUAUUUUCAUGCCUGUUCCUGCUGGGCCUCAGUUCCGCCUCUGAGGAAGAUGUUCUGGUGAUCACAAGCAGCGGUCCCAUCCGUGGCAAACGCCUCAUGACAGAUUCUGGCGCGGUGACAGCUUUCUUGGGAAUCCCCUAUGCUGAACCUCCUGUGGGGGAGCUGCGUUUUCAAAAACCCCGUCCUCACCAGCCUUGGAACCACACCUUGAGCGCCACCAGCUUUGGCAAUACCUGCCACCAAGGGGGUAUAGAACUUCCCGGCUAUCGUGCGGAACAAAACUCGGAAUCCACCCUCUCUGAAGACUGCCUCUUCCUCAAUGUCUGGGUGCCUCAUCCCCGACCCUCUGUGCCAGCUCCUGCCUUCGUCUGGAUCCAUGGAGGGGGUUUUCUCAACGGGUCUGGCUCCGUCGAUAGGAGCUUCCUAGCUGCCACUGAGAAUAUCAUCGUGGCUUCUAUGAACUACCGCCUAGGUGCCUUGGGAUUCCUCUCGCUACCCCCAGAGGCUCCGGGGAACGCUGGUUUGUGGGACCAACACCUGGCGUUGAGUUGGCUGAGGGAAAACAUGGCCGCCUUUGGAGGGGAUCCAACCCGUCUCACCCUGGGCGGUCAGAGUGCUGGGGCCGCCUCGGUUGGUUUCCACCUUCUCUCGCCGGCAAGCCAGGCUCUAUUUGACCAGGCCACUUUACAAAGCGGCGCCGCAAUUUCCCCCUGGGCUUGGGUGAGGCCUGAGGAGGCUAUGAACAGAGGGCGAACCCUGGGCCGGUUUUUGGGCUGCGCCGAGGGUGAUGACAGGGCUGUGGUGCGAUGCCUGCGGAAGAAAGACCCAGGGGAGAUGAUGAAGGACUUGCCUAUCCUCAGUCAUAAAACCUUGUUGGGUUUCCCUUUCGUGCCCACAACCGAUGGGGAAUUCCUUCCGGAUGCCCCUUCUAAACUUCUGGAAGCUGGGCAAUUCUUGGACAAACCCAUCCUGACCGGCUUCACCCGUGAUGAAAGCACCAUCUUCCUCGCAGGAAAUGCCCCUGGUUUCAGCCUAUACAACGACAGCCUGAUUAACUACGAGCAACUCUUGGAAGGCCUCCGUCUAAUGGUCCCAGAGGCACCUGAGGUUAUCAUCAAAGCCGCAGCAACCAUCUACAGUCAGGAGGAGCAGGGGGAAGAACGAUAUCGGAACGCCUUGAUAAAAGCUUCUGGAGACUACUUUUUCUUGUGCCCUGUGGCUGUGGUGGCCACCCGUAUGGCAGAAGCCCAAAGUCUAGCAUUUGCCUACUCCUUCACUCACCAGCCCUCCUUUGUAACCGUCUCCGACUGGGUUGGAGUGCCCCAUUGUGCUGAGCUGCCCUUUCUGUUUGGUGACCCACUGUCUACUUCAGGAUACACAGAGGCUGAGGGGACCCUGAGCCAAAGGGUUAUGAGCUACUGGGGACAGUUUAUAAGGACCGGGUCUCCUGAUGAUGGAGCAUGGCCUGUCUACACAGGAGAGAAUUUCUUCCGCAUUACCACAGAGCCAGCUGAGGCCGAGGAGGUGUCACCCACCCGUUACUGUGGCUUCUGGGUGUGGCUAGCCACGGAAGGAUUUAAGGACUCUGAGCAGAUGGAUGAAGAAAGUGACUCUGAUUGGUAAAAGUAUCUGGAAAUGGAUGAUGUAGAUAUCACUUAAAAAUGCAACUAUCCUUGUUCUUCAACUAUCCCGAAUCUCAGCCAAGCAAUGUGGAUUCAUGCAGGUCGAUUUUACCUUGUGUGUGAAUAUCUUGAGGAUCUCACUUUUCAAAGAAAAACGAGAGAGAAAGAAGUUUUUUUCAGAUGCACUCAGUCAUUAACAACAGCUUUAAAAUAUGAUUUCAGCCUUUGCUCUAAGAUUCCACAGCCACAAACAAAUAAAAGAAGCCAGCAGCAACUUUUGAGAACUUUUGGAGUCUGG